GUUAUGGUUAUGGUUAGGGUAAGGGCAGGAGUUAAGGUUAGAGUAGGGACGUUCCAAAGAUCCCAGGAUGGACUUAAACCAUUUUUUAAAAGCUUGUCACCCGCCAUUCCACUCGCUAGUGUUUCGUUCCAUCAGAUAACCUUUAUGGUGCUUCUGGUAUGGCGUCUACCAUGUAAUGCAAUAAUUAUACUUAAACACAGCUAGCCACCUAAACGUGGAGAAACGAAAUACAUGGUUGCAAGCCCUCAGCACUAACCAGGCUGUGGAGAUAGCCAGUGGGUAAUGAUGGAGCAGGAGGAAGUGCCGGACACAAUUAGUCAGGCCAGACACUCUCUCUUUGGAUGCAACAACAAGAGGGGGGAUAAAAGGCAACGAGAAAACAGCACUGACGAGGAUGGAGGGGAAGUACAAGAGAAUGACUGGGAUGAAAACUAUGAAUGUGACAGCAACAUAUCAUAUUUCGAAGAUGAGAUGGAUAGACUUUUAGACCCAGAGGAAAAUAAAGACUGUUGGACAGAACCUUCAGAGACAGUAGACUGCAAUGGAACAGCAGUUACAGAGACUAGAGGGAGGGAAGACUCCCUGGCCAAUGGAACAGAAGUUAUAGAGCUUAGAGUGGGCAGUGAUUCUCCUCCCUGUAGGACAGCAGUUACAGAGACUAGAGGGAGGGAAGACUCCCUGGCCAAUGGAACAGAAGUUAUAGAGCUUAGAGUGGGCAGUGAUUCUCCUCCCUGUAGGACAGCAGUUAUAGAGACUAGAGGGAGGGAUGACUCCCUGUCCAAUGGAACAGCAGUUAUAGAGACUAGAGGGAGGGAUGACUCUCCUCCCAAAGCGACAGUCUCUUUACAGUCCAGAGUAAGGUUUCCCUCGUCUUCCUCUUUAAUAGAUUCCGAUUUCAAAGAAGAGUUGGAUCAACUUUUGGACCAAGAUGAAGACGGUUGGACAGAACAUUCAGAGACGGUAGACGGGAAUGAUUCCCCGUCCAAUGGGACAGACUCUUCACAGCCCAGAGUAAGGGGGUCCUCCCCUCUCUCCACUGAGGCUUCAGAGUCCAGUGAGGAGGAUGAAGACACCUUUUCCUUUGAGACAGAAGCCAUAGAGACCAGAGCUUCAAAAAAGAGAAAAACCAUCUCCAGCCCUAAAGGAACACAGAAAAAGGGGCAAAAGAAGGCCGGGCCUCCAUCCUCUACCCUCUGGUUAUCCAGCCCUGCCAAAUCCAGAAGGAACACUCAUGCAGCCACACCUCUUAUCAUUGGGUCAGAAAGGAGGUGGAAGACUGAGGAUGAACCAGACCAAGAGCCUAAACUGUUCCCCUUCGAACCAGCUAGGACUCCUGGACCCCAGCUAGACACUUCAAAGAACUACACUGUUCUAGAGCUCUUCCAGCUCUUCUUCAGUAAUGACGUUGUUGAUACUCUCUGCUCAAACACCAACAAGAAUGCCAAGAGAAGACAAGAACAUGGAAUCAAAGAACCAUGGAAACCUGUAUCUGUGGAGGAAAUGUACAAAUACCUCAGCAUUGUAAUCUAUAUGGGUCUGCUGAAUGUGCACACUGUAUCAGACUACUGGGUCCCGAACAGGUUGUAUGGUAUUCCUUUUUGCCGUACAGUCAUGACUAUGACAAGAUUUCGGGCAAUCACCUAUUCACUGCACAUGAGUGACCCAGCAGAGGAUGAGGAAAACGACAAGAAGAAGGGGACUGCGGACUAUGAUCGGCUCAUGAGAAUCAAACCUCUAAAAGUUCAGAUUUUGGAUGCAUGCAGAGCCUUCUACCACCCAUUCCAGAACCUUUCCAUUGAUGAGCGCAUGGUGCACUCCAAGGCCCGCCACAGCCUCAGACAAUACAUUAAAUCCAAGUCCUACAGGUAUGGAUUCAAGCUGUAUGUUUUAGCAGAUUCAAGAAAUGGCUACACGUGCGACUUCAAAGUCUUUAUGAGCAAAAACCCAUCUGCUUCAGGCAAAGGGGAGAGCUAUGACGCUGUCAUUGACCUGUUGAAUAUCCCUCACUUGGGCACUGGGUACCACAUUUACGUUGAUAAUUAUUUCACCAGCACAACUCUCUUCCGUGACCUGUACACGAACAAAUUAGGAGCUUGUGGAACCAUACUUGAAAACCGUGUGGGCCUCGCUGGUGUUCAAGAGAACAGUAUGCCACCCAGAGCAAAGAGAGGGACCAUCCGCUGGCUUCGUGACGGGGAGCUGCUCUUUACCAAGUGGAUGGACGCACGACCAGUCAUCAUGUGUACCACCAUCCAUAAAGCCUUUGCAAAGGAGCAGGUGCAACGACGCAAGAGGUUAGAGGAUGGCACCUGGACAACAGAGCCUGUACCCGCCCCAGCGCCGAUCAAGUCCUACAACAAGUAUAUGGGGGGUGUGGACCUGUCUGAUUCCCUUAUCAAAUGCUACAGUGUGGCCCAGAAAACAAUGAAGUGGUACAAGACCUUCUUCUAUCACUUUGUAGAUGUUGCUGUGGUGAACAGCUGGCUCAUGCACAAGGACAUGGCUGUGACUAAGAACACAAAGCCCAUGGCCCAAAAACAGUUCAGGGAGAAGCUGUGUUCGCAGCUUGCUGACAUUGCACUGAAAGGGGAUGUUCAGGAGGAGAGGGAUGAGGAGCAGAAGGAACAACCGAGCGAACAGCGAGUGGAAAUGCAGGUUGAAAAGCAUGGUGAAAAACAGGAUGAAAAGCAGGGUGAAAAACAGGAUGAAAAGCAGGGUGAAAAACAGGAUGAAAAGCAGGGUGAAGAAGAGGAAGAGGUAGAAGUUGGUUUAUUGUGCUGUCCUGUGCCCACAAAAGAUCCCAUCACUGUUGCAUUGUGUAAUAAAGCUUCUGAGGGAAGGAGGCAGUGCCAUUUGUGUAAGCACAAGACCAUUUGGCAGUGCGAGUCCUGCAAGGUGGCACUCUGCAUAAUACCAGAUAGGAACUGCUUCAGAAUAUGGCAUGUGAAAAAAGACAAUGACAAGCAAGAUUCAAGUUAACAGUUUAUUUUCGUUCCAGGGGUUAGGCCUACAGGAUUUCUGAAUUUGUGGGAUGUAUAGGGAAUUGUUGCGCCUAUAUAUUGUCACACAUUGGGCCAGUAACCGAAAGGUCGCUGGUUUGAAUACCUGAUCCGACAAGGUGAAAAAUCUGUCGACGUGCCUUUGAGCAAGACACUGUACCCUAAUUUGCCCCACUGCACCUAUCCGGUGUAUGUGAUGACAAAACUAUUUUUUUUAUUCAAAUGUAUGUGUUCACCACAAAUGUUUGCUUAUGGUUGCCAAUAGAUUUGUGCGGUAAACACAUGGCUUGCUAUAACUGCCAAAAGCUCAACAAUGAUUUCUAUAUCACAUAUCAGGAAUUGCUGAACAAAAAAACAUUGGAAGACAUUUUGCUGUCCAUUAGAGAAUUAUCAACUUUUUUUUAUUGAUCAUUUUGGAAAUUGUUUCAGAUCAUUCUGGAUUUGUUGUUCAUCUUUAUGCUUUGGAAUUGCCACUUUGGGAACAUCUCAGCUUGCCUGCUUUGGGUACCACUGUUUGGGUUAAUAAAUAAAAACAUCUAUAACAUUC